AUUUUCUUCUGGUGGUUUGACGGUGGUCCAGUCAGAGCGGAGGCAGGUUGAUACUGGCCAGCAGCAGCUUAGACCAUUAUGAGGCGGUGACGUGCUGCUCAUUGAAGUGUAGUUCGAAGCUUUCUGUCAGAUUUAAUACUGUCUUGCAGCUUGUGCUAAAAUGACGACGACCACGACGUUUCAAGGAAUGGAGCCCGGUUCUAAGAGCAGUUCCAGGGUUUUGCGCCCACCUGGUGGUGGCUCCAACAUCUCAUUCGGGGCAGAUGAAGAGAAACCACCUGUUCGGAAAGAUAAGAUGGCCUCCAGUGUUUUUGCUGAACCAGAGGACCCCUACGCUAAUCGAAGGAACAACCCUCCAGGCGGGAAGCCCACAGGUGUACUGUGUGGUGAACCAUCAGCCCCGCUGAGGAGAGGGGGCAACCACAACAGCAGCCACCCUGCAGACGCCCCCGCCAUGGAUGCAGAGAAACCUGUACGUGAGAAUGAAGUCAGCGCCGUGGAGACUGAAGCCGUUCCAGAGGAGGCUCCUGCAGCUGAGGAGCCGGCUGGAGGACUGCCGUCCGGCCGCAGGAAUCCACCCGGGGGCAAGUCCAGCCUCAUCCUGGGUUGAACUGCCCAGACGACUGCCCCUAUUUACCUCCACGUUCCCAUCAUCCUUUUCUUUCUUUCUAUCCACCCAAGUCAAGGAAUCUCGCCCAUUCAUCUAUACCACAGGAAUCUUGAAGAUAGGACACCGUUCUCCUCCACAUCCCCAAGUGCAUUGUUUUGAUACCUCUCUCUUUUGGAAGCCGUUUUGUACUGUUUUUAUUGUUUAUUUUGACAGAAGCACUUUAUGUAGUCGUAUGUGUACGGUUCAAAGUCUGCCUUUGUCCCUGCGGCACAUUAUAUCUGCUGGAGGGGGUACAAGGAUCACAUUUCUCAUCUCAGCCAAUGAUUCGCCUUCCCUAACGCGAUUGCAGCAACACAAGCUGUAGGUGAUUAUACAGUACAUGCAGUUACUAGAACACAAGCGGGGAGACGUCGCAGUCUCUCCUGCGUUGUGUUGGCGUUCGACUCCUGUUGCAUGCACGUCCGGUCUAACGUAUGAAUGUGAGAAGAAACUUAACUGUGAAGACUUUUUUUUUUUCAUUGUUGUAUUGUUGUUGCAUGACGUUGAAAUUCUUGUACUGGUUAUAGUAUUAUAUCCACUUACAGUAGGAGCCCCUUAGGUUACCGUCAUUGUUAUCUGAAGGAUGCAGACAGUCGUGUUCUCUAGGUCCCCUGUCGGGUAAAGGAAUUGGAGUAAGCCUUUUUAUACUGCAGUAACCAACAUUAGAUUAUCGUAGCCCCAGUGCCGGGUUUUCACUGACCCUUGUUUUUAUAGGCGAUAUCUCCUCUAAAAUAAAGUUUGUGCUAGUUUGUGUGUUAGGCUACGACAUCAAACUUGGGCUUUCUGCUGAUCUGUCCUUCCAGUAUUGUUAUCUAAUUUUCUCCAUUGCUAGUCAGUGGAAUGUCGUUGGUCCUGACUCUGGCACAAAGGUGUUUCUGGUAAACCCAUCCUAGGUUUGACAAGUGACCUUAUGACAGCUCAGACUUUUUUCUACGUUUCCCCUGAAACACGCUCUCCCAACAUUUUUCCAUUAUUCAGACCAAACUUUGAACUCUUGCCUGCUUCUGUCUUGUUGAGUCAAGUGUGUGACCGCUGUUUCACCCAGCUGUCCUGCGAAACACCUAUAUUUACGUUACAAGUUUUUUUUUUUUUUUUUUCCUGUGGUGUCUGUUUUUAAUGUGCGUUACGAUGCAAGACAUGUCUGCAUCCCGUACCAUUUCCUGUUGCUGGAUGUAAGUCACUGCAAAGUUUUGAAUUCAAGAAAUGGCACAAGUUGAAAUAACCAUUAAACUUCAGUUUUGACCAUG